UUGUUAAAUCUAGAUUUUUAUUUCAGAUAUAAUGUGCUAAGCGUUAGAACUUUUUUGUGAAUUCUGCUACGAAUGGGAACUUACAUACAGAAAGAAAUGACUGAUGAUCCGAUUGAAAAAGAAAAAAAGAAGAAGAAGAACAAGAAAUCCAAAUUGGAGGAUAUAGUUGAGAAUAUAAUUAUGGAUGAACCGGAGAGGAAGAAGAAGAAGAAAAAGAAAAGCAAAGAAGAUGAAAAGGAAAGCAUAAAACCUCAAGUAAAAGAAGAAAUAACCGAAGAUCAACCUAAAAAGAAGAAAAGGAAGAAGAAAGAAGAUGAUAAAGACAGUAUAGUUCCUCCAGUUCAAGAAGAAAUAAUCGUAGAUCCGCCUAAAAAGAAGAAAAAGAAAAAGAAAGAAGAUGAAAAAGAAAGCGUAGCUACUCUUGUUAAAGAAGAAAUAAUAGAAGAACAGACACAAAAGAAGAAGAAGAAGAAGAAAGAAGAUGAAAAAGACAGUAUAGUUCCUCCAGUUCAAGAAGAUAUGAUAGAAGAACAGACACAAAAGAAGAAGAAGAAGAAAGAAGAUGAAAAAGAAAGCAUAGCUCCUAUAGUUAAAGAAGAAAUGAUAGGAGAGCAGACAAGAAAGAAGAAAAAGAAGAAGAAAAGUAAAAGUGAGGAAAACCCAGAAAUCAAGGAAGAAAUUGUCCAAGAAGAUGAUAUUAAAAAAUGUUUGCCAGCAGCUGAAAGUGGUAGUCCUGACAAAUCAAUAAAGAAGAAAAAAAAGAAGGACAAGAAAGACGUUGGCGAGGGGAAACGGAAACCGGAAGAAGCUCCGGAACCGGAAGUAAAAACUAAGAAGCAUAAACCUAAUAAUCCAGUGUUUGAUAAAGAAUCUGUUAUGGUAAAGCAUUUAGGAUUUCCCGGAGCAAAUAUUCUUAACAUUCCGGGAUAUGGACAUUAGUAACAUUUUAACCAGAAUGGAAAAUUUUGAAAAUUCUUAUUUCUUACAACUUUUUUUUCAGA